CAAUCUGCACCUUGGUCUCUUCCCUACUCCUAACUUGGACCGCGCAAACAGGAGGAUUAGGUAUAGGCGAGCAAUACCUCGUUGCCUACAUAGCUAGCAUCAUUGCACAAGAAUGGAUCCAUUCACGCUAACUGCUUUCCUGGCCUUCCCGUUUGGGAAAUAUGUCCCAUUAGCUAGCACCUUCCGAGAGGUAGAACUCCACUACGAUGAAAAUUUUUAUCCAGCUCACCAUUGGUCUUAUGCUGACGUGCAUAGUCUGCUCAUGGUGCGCCUUAGUUUUUUCGGGGUACCGUGCAUUGGCGACGCAUGAGCGAAGCUUGCAAUGUCGCAUUGAGCGAUGUAGGUUUCAAGAGGAAGGUUACACACAGGGUCCGUACCAUCUUGACGAGCAUGGUGAGAUAGUGCGUGACCCAACGCCGCUUGGGCGUUGCAAGCGUAGACGGGUCAUGACCGCCUCGCCCCCGAGUGAUCAAGGGCAUGGCGGGUCCGCACGCCCCCGACCAGCGAGUCCUGUUCAGAGUCCUGUCUCUGGCAGCGACGCUGGACAGCAUUCGCAACCGUGCCAUGAUGACACAGUGUUUGGACCAAACCCGCUUGACUCCCUGGACUUCAACACGUGGAAAGAAGUACUAUUGCUCAUGCAAAGUUUUAGAGAGGGGCAGGGUAUGACUGUCGAGGAGAGCAAGCGUUUCCUCCAAGUUAUUCUACAUCCCGAUUUCAAACCGGCCGACUUAGCAGGCUGGCGCAGCAUCAAGGACGCCCAGAAAUGGGCAGCUGACAACUGGGGUUCCAAGGCUGCACCUUGGAAAACUACCCUGGUGAAAGUGCCAGACGUUUUGGAGAACGGCCAGCCUGUGUAUGUUUCUUUGAAACACGUGGAUACAGUCAAGAUCGCGAAGGCAAUUUUUGAAGACCGACAGAACCACACUGGUUUCGCUCUGUUCCCAACAGUCAAGAAGAACCAGAGAGGGGAGCGGAUCUACACCCGCCCUCAACACUGCACGUGGUGGCAAAAGGCACAGGAAGAGCUUGGGUACAACGAUGAGGUCAUUGCCGCACUCAUAGUCUAUUCAGAUGUCACCCAACUGUCAAAGAACGAUUCACAGAAAGUAUGGCCUGUCGUCAUCUCGCUUGGGAACAUUGCUGUUGAGCAUAGGUGGAAGCGCAGUGCCAAACAGAUGGUGGCUAUGCUGCCGAUGGGAAAUCCAAAGUGGCCCAGCUCUGUGAAAACACAGCUGUUCCAGGAUUGCAUGAAGAUAGUCUUGCAACCUCUAAUAGAUGCGAGCAACAGGUGCGUUGUAAAGACAUACUCUGAUGUCCACCCUCAAAGCGCCCUAUUUAUUAUGCUACAUAUUCACGCCCUAUACACACUGACCUUUGUGCCACUCUGUUAUGCUCGUUUCCAACAGCUCUACAGGUUGUGCCUGGACUGACCCAUCCGGCACUCUGCGUACAGUAUGGCCACUUCUCUACUGUUAUGCAUGUGAUUACCCAGAGAGCAGCAAAGUCUCGUGCACAUUCCAGCAUAACAGCAACCGACCUUGCUCCAUGUGCUAUGUAGAGAAAGAUGAGAUGGAUGACCUGGUCAACACGUUUGCGCCUAGGACUGUUCGUGAGCAGAGAUUUGUGGUUGACAAAUUCAACAGGUUGUUAGAAACUGGCAAGACCGUGGCUGGCGACUACGCUAAACUUUGGUCGUCGUUUCCCACACCUAGUUUCCUGUGGGAGUUCAAGUAUGCCAGUACGCCGUGGGGCAACCCAUACUUGGCUUUAAUGCCUGAUGUGCUACACCAAUCUGAUGUUGGUGUGUGGGGUCACAUCCGGGACGCCCUUGCCACCCUUCCUGCUGCGAAAAAUGGUGCCAUGGACACGCGCCUCAAGUGGUUUUGGGAAAACGGUCGCAUUGCCGGCUUAUACCUCCCUCACCAUGGGACGUACUUUGGGUCAGGGGCGAAUGUUUCAGCUGCGGAGCACAGAGCAAUCAUGCAGGUGUCUGUGUUCAUCCUGGAAGGGCUAGUGCUCCCCCAGCACAUGAUCGCAGUGCAGGCCUUCUUGAGGUGGUACAAGGCCUUGUUUCGCCCCCGGUAUCACACGGAUGCGAGCCUCGCUACAUGCCAUACCCUGGCGAUGAGUAUGAUAAAGGAGCUAAAGGCCGCUUUUCCCAAGCAAAAGUCCAAGUGGAAGCUCAUCAAGGUUCACAUGGUGGUGCACUUCGAGGAGGCCAUUAAGCGGGGUGGGCUUCCAGAGGAGUACUCAACAAACAUGUACGAGCACUUUCACAAGGACUGUGUGAAGAGGCCAUACCGGGCAUCAAACCGGCGCGAGUGGACAGAGUCGAUCAUCAAGAGCAACCAGUUCCACCAGAUGCUAUCAGAGGUGGAGAGCGACAUCAAAGAGGAGAGAGAGUACAACUCAGCGUUCUACGAGGCCGAUACGGAGGGCAAGCGCGUCCUCCUCCGCACGCACGUAGUGUUCCACAUGCAGGGGAGCACAGCUCGCCGUAGCAAAACUGACCAGUUUGAGAUCUGGAACACGGCACUUGGUGGGAGAUUGACCACCUUGCAAGAUGAUCUUGAGAGUUAUGAUUUGACCCCGCAAACCCUUCAUGUCUUUACAGGGAUGGCAGUUCCAGCAGGGUCAAGUACAGCAGACUCUAGAGUCACGCACUUUGUUCGAGCAAACCCGUCCCACCAUGGGCAACUAUGGUUCUCGCAUGCCGCUAUUAGAGGCGCCGGUGAUGAGGUUUGGUAUGGGGAGAUCCUGCUGCUCUUUAAAAUCCUUGGUAGUGAUGAAAGGUUUGCGUAUGUCCAGUACUACGAUGUGAUCCGUGUUGAUGCCCUCACUGGGUGCAAAGCACUGCGAGUGGCAAAGGCCCCCGGUACACAGCGGGUGUACCGUGACAUCAUUGAUGUCGACACUAUCUUCCGAGCCGUGCAUAUCGUAGAAUCUUUUGCUCGUCCGGGCACAUUUAUGUUGAAUGAUUAUUUAUUUGACUAAGCUUGUGGUGGUACGCAGUGAAUGCACACCUACUGGUUGAUCUCAAUUGAA